AUGAUCACAAUCAAUCGGAAGAUUCGAAUAAAAUGCGUCAUCGGUGUGAUCAAUUUGAUUGAUGCGGUGAACAACAUUCAUAAUAAUAAUAAUAAUAAUAAUAAUAAUAAUAAUAAUAAUAAUAAUAAUAAUAAUAACAAUAAUAAUAAUGCAAAUACCAAUGGUAUGGAUAGUAAUCAUAGUGAUGAUUGUGAAGAGAGCGUGUUGUGA